GUCUCUCGCCCUGUGUCACAGCUGAGUCUCCUCAGCAGCUGCUGAUUGGUGGAAUGAUUGAUGAUGUCAUUGUGUUCAGUUCCAAAGAUGACGGCAUCGACAUCGACGCUCUGGCGGCUGAGAUCGAAGGAGCCGGAGCCUCAAAGGAGUCGAAAGGGAAGAAGACGAAGAAGAAGGGAGCAAAGAAAGACGACUUCGACGAGGACGACAUCCUGAAGGAGUUGGAGGAGUUGUCUCUGGAGACUCAGGAUGGCAAAGUAAAGAAACCAGACGCCGCAGAGGAGGUGGAGAUCGUCGAGCCCCCAAAACCAGAGAAGAAGAAGACGAGGAAGGGAAAGAAGGGAGGGGCCAGCCCCGAGGAUGAGGAGCAGGGUGAUGAAGGUGAAGGUCGGGCGGAUGAAGAGAAGAACGGAGAACAGAAAGAGAAGAAGAAGGCGCCUCCCGCUGCUCCUCCCUCGGACUCUGACGACGACAGCAGCUCACGUUCUCGUGUCAAAACCAAAGGAGGAAAGAAAGGCGCCAAAAAAACGCCAGUGUCCGAUGAGGAGGAGGACGAAGAUGUGACAGGAGGAGGAGGAGGAGGAGAUGGUAAGGAUGAAGAGUCAGAGGAUGACGAGGAGCUCACCACAAGGAGAGAGCAGAAGAAGAAAAACAAAGGCAAGGUGGAGAGCGACAACGAGGAGGACGGAGGAGGCGACGGCUUCAAGAUCAAGACGGCGGCGCAGAAGAAGGCGGAGAAGAAGGAGAGGGACAAGAAGAAGAAGGAGGAGGAGAGGAUGAAGCAGAGGAAGCUCAAAGAGAAGGAGAGCGCCGUGGAGGAUAAAAAAGAGCCAGAGAAGAAGGCGACAGAGGCCACGCCCCCUCAGAUCACGCCUCCUGCAGCAGCGGCGGAGGAGCAAGAAGGGGCGGAGCCAGCAGCAGAUGAUGAGGCCGAGGGCGACAAGAAGAAGAAAGACAAGAAGAAGAAGAAAGGAGAGAAGGAGGAGAAGGAGAAGAAGAAGGGACCCAGCAAGGCCACAGUGAAGGCCAUGCAGGAGGCUCUGGCCAAGAUGAAGGAGGAGGAAGAACGAGCGAAGAGAGAAGAGGAGGAGCAACUGAAGAGGCUGGAGGAGCUGGAGAAACAACGACAGGAGCAGGAGCGUCUGGAGCUGGAGCGUAAGGAGAAGAAGAAGCAGAAGGAGAAGGAGAGGAAGGAGCGACUGAAGAAGGAGGGGAAGCUGUUGACGAAAGCUCAGAAAGACGCUCGAGCUCGAGCCGAGGCCACGCUGAAGCUGCUGCAGGCUCAGGGUGUUGAGGUUCCGUCCAAAGACUCUGCGCCAAAGAAGAAACCAGUUUAUGGAGACAAGAAGAAGAAGAAGACGCUCAACACUCCGACACCUGAAGAAACAUCUGAGGUCACAUCGCCGACGUCAGCGACUCCAGAGCCUGUUGCCAAGGAGACGCCGGCCAAGGAGACGCCGGCCGAGACGCCGGCGGCGGAGCCAGAGGUGAAACCAGACGCUGCUGUCGACGACUGGGAGGCCAUCGCCAGCGACGAGGAGAAAGAGCUGAAGAAAGUUCACAUCGAGGUGAAGGAGGACACUGCUGCACCUCCUCAGCCAACGGGCAGCGAGGAGGACGAAGACGAGGAGGAGGAUGAGGAAGACGAGGAUGAAGACGAUGAGGAGGAGAGCGAGGGCGACGAGGAGAAGGAGACGAUGACAGCAACUCGGCCGACAGCGACUCAGGGAAAGAAGAAGGAGAGCGAGGACGAGAGCAGCGAGAGCGAGGACGACGACGGGAGGACGAAGGAGGAGCGACUGUACGACAGAGCUAAGAGGAGAAUAGAGAAACGGAGGGCGGAGAACAUGAGGAACAUCGACGUGGACACGCUGAGAGCGCCGGUGGUGUGUGUGCUCGGACACGUUGACACGGGGAAGACCAAGAUCCUGGACAAGCUGCGACACACUAACGUCCAGGACGGUGAAGCCGGAGGAAUCACUCAGCAGAUCGGAGCCACAAACGUCCCGAAGGAGACGAUCGAGGAGCAGACAAAGAUGGUUAAAAAUUUCGACACAGAAAGCAUCAGGAUCCCUGGCAUGUUGAUCAUCGACACACCAGGACACGAGUCCUUCAGUAACCUGAGGAACAGAGGCAGUUCCCUGUGCGACAUCGCCAUUCUGGUGGUGGACAUCAUGCACGGCCUGGAGCCUCAGACACUCGAGUCCAUCAACCUGCUGAAGGAGAAGAAGUGCCCGUUCAUCGUCGCCCUCAACAAGGUUGACCGUCUGUACGACUGGAAGAAGAGUCCGGAAACCGACGUCGUGACCACGCUGAAGAAGCAGAAGAAGAACACAAAGGACGAGUUCGACGAGAGAGCCAAGGCUGUCAUCGUGGAGUUCGCUCAGCAGGGUCUGAAUGCCGCCCUGUUCUACGAGAACAAAGACCCCCGCACGUUCGUGUCUUUGAUCCCCACGUCUGCCCACAGCGGCGACGGGAUGGGGAAUCUCAUCGCGCUGCUGGUCGACCUCACACAGACCAUGUUAGCCCGGCGGCUAGCACACUGUGACGAGCUGCGAGCGCAGGUCAUGGAGGUGAAAGCUCUGCCGGGGAUGGGAACGACGAUAGACGUCAUCCUCAUCAAUGGUCGUCUGCGGGAGGGAGAGACCAUCAUCGUCCCGGGGGUGGAAGGACCAAUCGUAACGCAGAUCAGAGGGCUGCUGCUGCCUCCGCCCCUGAAGGAGCUCAGAGUCAAGGUAAACCCCUCAGAUUAUAACAGG